AUGGAUUUUGUAAAGCAGGCCAAGAAGGCGUUAGAUUCCUUUCCACUGCAUGUGUAUCCACCUGUAUAUACGCCUCCAGAUCCCAAUGCUACUCCUGAACUGUGGGUCUUCCCAACCAGGUCGUCAGCUCCAGUUGUGCGAGGAGAUGGAUUUGUUUCGUUGGAUGUAGAAUGUAUCAAGUACCAGGCUUUGGCUGCCUUCAGCAAUUACUCGUGUCAAAUUCAACCCACAUUUCAUUUCGAUGCUGCUCCUAAUGGACGAUUGCCGUUUUUGGUAACUCCAACUGGGCAGAUUCUUGGAGGACGUGACAUUGAACGAGAGAUUAAAAAGCAGGCUGGAGAUAUCGACAGACGUCUAUCGCCCUCAGAACUUGGAGAUUGCAGGACGUACGCUUCUCUAGUCGAGGCGAAAAUAACACUUGCCCUGAUGUACAGUCUGUGGAUGGAGGAGGACCAUCUUAAUCAAGUCACGAAACCAGUCCAUUCGUCAUUCUACCCAACAUCAAUAACUUUGCCUGUGGUUGGAGCACUGCCGAUUCUAGGAAACUGGGUAUCGAGCUCUAUAAGGAAUAGGAUGACUACGUGGAUACAGAGUCGACGCCCUGGUUUGAGGACGGAUGAGCUUUACGAGGAAGCCCGAGUUGCUCUAGCUGCCCUGUCAACCCGUCUUGGCUCGUCUCUAUACUUUUUUGGAACAAAGCCUACAACAUUGGACACUGUAGUGUUUGCGUCUCUGCACAUUAUCUUAUCAAUCAAGACUCCCAAAGACGAACUAUUCAUCGCCGUCCAAAAACAUGACAACCUCGUUCAGUACACACGACGAGUCUGGAACACUUUCUUCGUUCCAAGUGAUCGUCCCACUGUUAGGUAA